AUGUACAUACAUAACAGAAGUGAAGGGUUUGUGCAGUUGGAAUCACAAAGUUAUAAUUUGGAUUGUUUUUUUUCUAAAAUAAGCAGUUGAUAGACCAUAAUAGUAUUCUAAACAUCUCUGAUAAUCAUUUGUUCAUUUGUACAAAGUGUUAAUCAUCUGGGGUUGCUCAUCUCAAGGUUUGAGUAAACGAUACACUCAGCAAAAACCUUACAUAUUACACAAAAUAGACUUUAACAAUAUGUCACCACUUCUGGUGGUGACAUAACAAUUACAGUUUUGUAUCUGAAAUAUGAAUAGGUAUUUUUCCACAUACAGUAAUAUUGCACAUUGAUCCUUAGUCCUUUGCUUAUUUUGACCGCAUACAGAAUAUAAAGUGACUCAGGCAGUGCAUAAAAGGCCAGGUACUAGAAAAGAUGAAGGGUGCUUUAGUGAUUGAAAGAGCACGCAAAUACCUGUCAAUGUGGAGGACAGUUUUCCCGAUCCUGGACAAAGCUGCAGCUAGGAUACAUUCUGACAUACCUAUGAUGGCCACUGGAAGUCCACCAGACGAAACUAUCGAUUGGCAGGAAGCGGGCUUAAAUAUACAAGGAGAUCAGUCUCUACCAAACAUGGCUGGUAUCAAAUCCUCGGAGCGAUCGCCUCUUCUUGGGGCUCCGGCAUCCAAUCAGAAUGCAGACUAUAAUGGUAACCCUGCUUCAGAAGAUAAUGAUGACACUCUCAUUGACUUCAUGCAAAUAAAUCGUCACCAAGCGAUGAUGCAUUUAUUGAAAGGCAACAUUGGAACUGGGAUCAUGGCAAUGCCGUCUGCCAUUGCAAAUGCAGGAUUAUGGGUGGGGAGUAUAGGUUUAGCUAUUAUAAGUGUCAUCACAAUACAUUGUAUGCAUCUACUUGUCAACUGUGCCCAUCAUCACAGAGUGACUAAUAAAGUACCUAGGGGCCAAAGCAGGCAACUUGACUAUGGGGCAUGUGGUGAGAUAGCCUUACGUCAUGGGCCAAUAGUCUGGCUUAGAAAUCACGCACAAAUAGGAAGAAUAACCGUGAAUGUUUUUCUCAGCAUCACACAAUUUGGCUUCUGCUGUGUGUACAUACUCUUUAUUGCAAAGAAUGUUAAAGAUGUGUUUGACUAUGCGUUCGCUUAUGAGCUUCCAGUACUCGCAUACCAGGCCAUAGUAACAGUUUUCUUACUACCAUAUUGUUGUAUACGACAAAUGCGACACUUAGCAUAUUUCUCUACAAUAGCAAAUGUCUUAACAAUAGCAGGACUUUCCAUCACAUUUUGGUACUGUUUUACACACUUAAAGCAUAUUGACAAAUACCCAGCCUUUAACUCAUGGGGAACUCUGCCACUCUACUUCGGGACUGCCAUGUAUGCUUUUGAAGGAAUAGGAGUGAUCCUACCGAUUGAGAACAAAAUGGCCGUUCCUGACUAUCUACGUGGUUGUAAUGGAGUUCUGAAUGUUGGCAUGGUGAUUGUUACAUGCCUAUAUAUAUCACUUGGUUUCUAUGGUUACCUGACAUUUGGACCUGAAGCAUGUGAUGUAUUGGGAAGUAUAACCUUGAACCUUCCUUCUAAAAAUUGGUUGUAUUUGGCUGUUCGUCUGAAGUUUUCCAUAGCAAUCUUUAUAUCCUAUGGAUUGCAAUUUUACGUCCCGUUAGAGUUCAUGUGGCCACCUAUUAAUGAGAAAUAUGGCGAUCACUAUCCAUGGUUGAGAAAGUAUGGGGAAUAUAUAUUAAGAUGUCUACUAGUCUUAUUAACAUUUGGAAUAUCAGCUUCUAUACCCCACCUGGACUUACUUAUAGCAUUAGUAGGGGCCUUAGCCAGUAGUGCGCUUGCACUCAUCAUUCCCCCAAUGUUGGAGUUAUUCACUCGCUGGGAUGGAGAAUUAGGACGUUACAACUGGGUGCUAUGGAAAGAUGUCGCUAUUAUCAUUUUUGGACUAAUUGGAUUCGUAGCGGGAACUGCAGUGUCAUUAAUGUCAAUUAUACAAAAGUUUUAAAACUUUUUAAACACUACAUAUAUGUGUACUGUAGCUAUAUGCUGAUAUUCCGGUUUUCAAUUGAUCAAAUAUUGUUCUGCUCCGUAACCAUUAGGCUAACCAUUAAACGCUCCUAUUACAAGUUUUCAUUUUUGUGGAUAAUGCUAUUAAUGGAGCUAAAAUGUUGGACCAGUAGGACUAAAAAGUAGGAGUGGUUUCAGCUUAAUUGGGGGAUAGAGUUGUCACAUGGUAUUUAUUCUGCUAUUGAUAUGUUUCUGUUGUCUUGUUUUAGUGUUAAGUUUAUAUUUUACUGAAAAUGUAUUUGAUGGUUAAAGGAAAUACUGUAAAUUACUUUAAUUUGACAGCCGUUUUAAUUUGGCUGAUUUUGCAUAUUGAUAAAAACUGCCAAAUUAAUAUAAGUCU